AUGAAGAAGUUCUUUUCAUUCGGAAAGAAGAAAAAGAAGGAGAACGAUUUGAAGGAGAAGGAGGAGGAGGGCUAUGAUGCGGUGGAUGACGAUUACAACGAAGAUGGAGACGAUGACACCUCCGCCCCUGCCCCCGCCCCCGUCACCCGGCGCGAUUCGCGGGCUCGCUUCUCCACCUCCCUCCCCAGCGUUCAUGGCGGAAGCGGCGAGAGCGUGCCCACCACCCAGCACGGGAGGUCAUCCGGGCUGGCCACCAGCUCGGCCGCCGGCUCCUCGCCUCCAUCUUCAUCUUCAUCUUCAUCUCCCGCUACGCGCCCCCACGCAUCCACCGUCUCCCACUACGCCUCCUCCACAUCGAGCGCUGGCCACGCUGCGACGUCUGCAGCGGCUGGCACCAGCUCGCCACCACUGGUCACCAACAAGCCCUUCGAGGGCCUGGGCAUCGGCGGUGCCCAGGCCGGCGACCGCAGCUCGAUCGGCCGCGGCAGCGUGGAGCGCAAGGUGGCCGCCUUCUCGGCGUUCCAGGCCGCCCAGGCACCCGCGCCCGGGCCGAACGCCACCACCAAGGAGCGGUCGGUGACGAUGAACUCCACCAGGCCCGGCUCCAAUCAGGUGCCCUCUGGUGGCGGCGUGGCCGGCGCGGUGGCGAGCGCGGCCGCUGCUUCGGGGGCGCCUCGCCCGACGCGCCGCGUCGAACUGCAGCGCACACGAUCGCACAGCCACAAGAGGGAGGAGUUGAAUUCGAACUCGAGCAUGCCCUCCAAGGAGAAGAUCGAGCUCUUAUUCAGCAAGUACCUGAGGGAACAAGAUCUGCCGAGAGAGAAGAAGGACGUGAUGAAGAAGUGGUCGUCGCUCGACAAAUGGAAGCAACUCCAACAGCAGGAGCAAAAGGAAAAGGACACGGAGCACGAAGCCAAAAAACAACUCCUGGCGUCCGGCGUACCGGCUGGGACGCCACAGGUCUCUGGGCCGAUCGCAGUGGUGCACGUCAACGCGGGCCUGCCACCACUGACGGCGACCCCGACCGUGUCGGCACCGAUCAUGGUCACAAAACCGAGCGAGCACGUCUCGACGCCGACCUCGCCCAGGAAGGCUGCCGCUCAGACCAGCGCCCCACCACGAUGGAAGAUCAUGGAGUCGCAGGCGUUCUACAUCAGCGCGCUACAGACCGAGUUCACACUGCGGCUCGUCGAGGCCCUGGCGCAGACGCUCAGCCGGCAGGCAGUGACUUGGCAGCACCAGUUCGAGAAGCUCGGCGGAUUCGCCUUCAUGCUCAAGAACCUGGCGGACCUGGAGAAGAAGACCGUGCGCACCGACGAAGAGAAGCUGCUCAUCUCGGCCUGCAUCAGCUGCCUCAAGGUCGUGAUGAACAACAAGAAGGAGGGCGCGCUCAAAACGAUCGCGCUCGGUCUCGACCACCCCGACGUGAAGACCAAGAUCAUGGUCCUCGAGCUCCUCACCACCGUAUGCAUGGCACGUGCCCCCUACCCCCCCGAUCCCGCACCACCGCUCCGAUCGCACACGCGUGGCGCUGACUGCCUCAUUCUCUUCAGGCUGAUCGUGGAGGCCAUGACCAACUUCAAGGCCGUCAAGCGCGAGAAGGCGCGGUUCAAUCAGCUGCUGGUCAUUCUCAAGAGGUCGAAGAGCGUGGAGCUCAAGACGAACGCGCUGGGCCUGGUCAACGCCGUGGUGAACGUGCCCAGCGACAUCGACCAGAGGAUGCACUACAGGAACGAAUUCAUCCGAUUGGGCCUCAAGCGCAUCCUUAAGGCCCUCAAAAAGGAGCAGUUGCCGGAGGACCUGGCCACUCAAAUCGAGGUGUACGACGAGGAAUCGCGAGCCGACCAGGAGGAGCUCGACCAGCGGUUCUCGGACAUGGGCGUCGAUGAUAUCGACGACAUGCACCAGGUCUUCACGGCGCUGAGCAAGUCGGCCAAGGCGGCGGGCCUCGCCCCAUCGCUGCUCUCCCUGAUGCGCCACCUGUGCCUCUUCCCCGUGGGCGAGGAGGGCGGCGUCCGGGCCUACGUGCUCGCUGAGCGGCUGGUCCAGCAGGUGGCCCUGCAGAAGAGCAACAUCGCGCUGGACGAGGUCGGAGGCGUACAUGUGAACCUGGAGGAGCUCUCGCUCGCGGUCAAGGGCGCGAGCGAUAGCGUGGCGCUCAACAGGAAGCUCGAGGCGCUGCAGGCCAAGAUGGCCGAGUCGAAGAAGAAGAAAAAGCAGAAGGACCAGCUGAUCAUCGAGAAGGAGGCCAUCAUCCGGCUCAUGGACAAGCAGCGCCAGGCCGAGCGGGCCAAGUUCGAGGAGCAGCUGAAGCAGAAGGACGUUGAGGCCAAGGAGAAGAUGGACGACGUGCUCCAGCAGCGCACCGCCGAGCACCUGCGCGAACGCGAGCAGUGGGUCCGCGAGCGCGAUCAGUGGGAGCGCGAGCGCAAGGACUGGGCGCACGACCGCAACGAGUGGACCCGCGGGCGCGACGAGUGGACCCACCAGCGCGACGAGCUGGAGCGCGAGAAGGAGGAGCUGCAGAAAUCGCGCAGGAAGCGCAUGAGCGGCAGCACCUACCAGAAGCCCGCAGGCAGCGCCGGCGGCGAGGUCGGUGACGCGGCGGGCGCCGAGGCCGAAGCGCCGCCGCCCCUGCCCGCCAGCCCGCGCUCGCGCCCGCGCCAGACCAACAACAACAGCCCGGGCGUGCAGCGUCAGCGGCGGAGCGGGUCCUUCAUCGGCGGCAGCGACGGCGCCUCGCCCUCGCGGAGCCCGGUGCUGCCGCGAUCCGGGCGCGGCUCGCUCAUCGGCGCCAGCGGUGACGACGGACCGCCUCCGCUGCCGCCUACGCCGGCCAAGGCCCAGCAGCGCGCCUCGGGCGACGACGAGCUGCCGACGCCGGCCAAGGUGCAGCUCGACGCGCUCGGCUUCCCCGUCGACGACCGACCGCCGAGCCUGCCGCCCACGCCCGGCCGAUCGUCCAGCAAUGCCGACAGUCCGGCGCCGAACAACAUCGCGGCCUAUAUCGCCAGCGAUGAGGAGUACCGGCGGAUGAAGCAGCUGCUGGCCCAGCUGCUCGGGCGCGAGGGCGAGGUCACCCUGGCCGUGCUCAAGCAGAUCAUCGAGCAGCGACCCGCCGCCGUCACCGCCGCCCUGUCCACACCUACACCCGUCGCUGCCGACGCAAAGCCGGACGAUGGAGGAGCAGGACCCAACAACUCUACGACGACCGCACCGGACGUGGCGGAGGCGCCCGCGGCCCCCCUCCGGCCCCGCCCUCGAUCGCGCAAGAUUCAGAAGCCGUCGAUCAAGCUCAAGGGCUACCAGUGGGUCAAGCUGCCCGACGCCAAGAUCAAGAACACCGUGUGGGGCAGCUUCGACUUCCAGAAGCAGAUCCGGUUCGACUGGAACGAGAUCGAGGAGAUAUUCGCCGCCAACCCGCUCCCCACCAAGGAGAGGUCCAGCGGGUCGACCAUCGUGAAGCCUGAGGCUCGCGCUCACGUCUUGAACGCCAAGAAAUCGCAGAACAUCGCCAUCAUGUUGGCGCGACUCAAGCAGCCCAACGAGGUGAUCAAGAAGGCCAUCCUCUCGCUCGACGAAAUGGUCCUGACCAAGGAGAACAUUCGAAUGCUCCACGCCUUCGGACCCACCGCGGAAGAGAUCGAUCAAAUCAAGGACCACGUGAAGAAGGACAGCGAGAAGCCGCCCGAAAGCCGCGUGGCGCUGGCCGACCCGGAGCAGCUGUUCCUCGAGUUGUCCAGCGUCUCCAAUCUGGAGGAGCGCCUCAGGUUCUUCCUCUACAAGCUCGAAUUCGCCGACAAGCUCGCCGAGAUCAGACCGGGCGUCGAGACCGUGCGCGUCGCGACGACCGAGUUCAACAACAACAAGAAGUGGAUGCAGAUCCUCGAGCUCGUGCUGUUUUUGGGUAACUUCGUGAACGAGGGCACCUUCAGAGGCGGCAUCAACGGUUUCAAGCUCUCCAAAUGUUUCGGGAAUGGCGACCAGAUGAUGGACGUGCGAGGGGUGGACGGUCGGACCACGCUCCUGCACUACCUGGCCAAGAUCAUCCGCAACGAACACAUGGAGCUGCUCGACUUCACCGACGAACUGUCCCACUGCGCCGACGCCGCCAGAGUGUCGCUGAGCUCCCUCAAGUCCGAUACAUCGACACUGAAGUAUGGGCGCCUUGACCUGAUCCGGGCGAAGGACGUGCUCUACAUCCUCGACGAGACGCUCGUGGAGACCGAGCAGCUCUUCAAGAGCGUGCUCACCUUCUACGCUGAAGACCCGCAGUGCGACCCGGAGGAGUUCUUCACCGUCAUCUCCUCCUUCUGCUCCGCAUUCGAGAAAGCGGCGGAGGAGAACGAGCGGGAGAAGAAAGCCUCGGAACGGGCAGCCAAGCGAGCGGCGCAAAAGGAAGAGAAGGACAAGAAGGUCACCCUGCGCCGACAGCCCACCCGAGCCGGCUCGGCGGUAGGCAAGAUGCCGCUUCUCGACGAGGAGGACGAAGGCGUCGUGGACGACAUCCUCAACACCCUACGCGAGGGUUCCGUCUUCCGUCACCGAAGACUAGGCGUGAGCACCGACGACAAGGGGCAGCCGAACAUCGCCAUGAACGUGCUCGCCGACUUCACCAAGAUGUGA